AAUGUUCUGAGCUUUCGAAAACCAAUAUUAUGAACACCGAUACAUACGGCGUUACACCACUGUGAGCUUGACGUGACGGAUGUACCUAGGUAGGUUUUCGAGGGCACAGAGGCAAGGAGGAGAUCUUGGUAACAACGGCCUGAGCCUGAGGCUGUUGUCUGGAGGUGAAGACACUCGCACACGUUCAGUGGCAGGAGGCGCUUCCAUCCUGUCAAGGACUGCAACUGUGCAAGGGCUCUUUGGUGUGCAGCAUCACCGUCUCUUGGCCAGGACUCGCAAAGAUCUGAAGCACGGCGGAAGUUUAACAAACAAUCCACCUGCACGCCGUCACAACUGGUGCUCGGUCAAAUAUACAUUGAAUCUACAUCAGGAUUUGAAGAGAGGAAACCCAUCAAGUGAGAUUUGACUGACUGACUGCAGCCAUGGGGGACCGGGCUCCCGCUUCGCAGUUGAUGGAGGGGGCUUACCGGGUUUUGAUGAAGCGAAAUUCUGUUUAUGUGGCAUUCAUUCUGGUGGGAGCUCUGGCAGGGGAAAGAGUUAUCAACUAUUCAAUAGACAAGGUUUGGGAAGCAAACAACAAAGGGAAACGGUUUGAGGACAUUCCAAAUCUUGGUCAGAAAACAGGUGACGAUGAAUAAUCUAUAGUGACACGGAGUUUAGAGACCAUUGGUGGACCAAUUGUCUCGCCGUUCAUUCUGACCUUCAAGCCUACGUCCUUCCCGCUGCGGGCCAAUCUCAGAAGAUACUGAUUUCAUGCAUGUAGUCGCAAGCCUUGCUGAUCUGGUCCUGGUGCGACUGUAAACAGUUGAGGUGACGGUCGGCCCAAUCACCUCACGUCAUCCUCUGCAUAUUUUGACUGUCGGCACCGGCACCUGUGAUUUCAGCAAAUCAACCUGGUCCUUGAAGCAGAUCUUAGUAUUUGCACCUGAACAACAGUUCGUGGGCCAUUCCACUGUAAAACGAAGGUUGGAACCGAGCUGAUUCCCUUGGUGUUUUGGGCGUGCAUGAAUUGUUUGCCAAUGUGUACUUAUAAUCCUGUCUCGAC